GCUGGAUAUGUAAUUGUUUUUCUGGGUACUUCUGACCUCUUUGUUUACCAGUACCAUGAGAUAUAUAUACGCAUGGUCACGUUGCAAAAGCUAUAAUCUAUAACUCUAAAAUUACAUUGGAGGAUAGCAAAAUAGGAAAAAAUCUGGAGCAUUAUCCCGUGAAAAAAGUUAUAUAACUUGCAUCAAAGGCUAGACUUAGGGAUUCUGUUUCAUUAAUCAGUGAUUUUCUUUCAUUCUGGUUGUAAGUAGGGUUAAUCUUUGACGGAAAUUCAGUUUUAAUUUUAAGUAAACUCAAUCUAAAUAUAUGGGUAUAUCUGAUGUUUUCUAAUUAAUCUGAUUCCCCCUGGUUCUUGCAAGAACUAAUCAUGAUAAGACUGAUUUAGUUUCCCUGUUUUUUUUACUGUCAUUUGUGAAAACUUCUGUUGCUGAGAUUUCCUGCAGACAGAAGGGUUGAUAUUUUUUAACCAAUAUAUAUAUAUAUAUUGCUUGAGAUGAGUAAGACCGAUUGCCCCUAUCUAAGUAGCUAGUUGCUCACUUGUGCAAUAAGAAAGAAAUGUCUUCUUCAAAGUAGCUCCUUGAUGGUAGGAAACAUAUUUAUAAUCAAUUGCAUUUUGCGGCAGGUUGUUGUGCUGUAAUCAUGCUAGGAAAUGAUGGGUUGCCCUAGUAUGCCCGUAUUUCUAGUUUGUACGGUUGUUUAUUCUGAAGAAAGAAAUGUUGAAAUGGCUAAUGCUUGUGUCUGCUGUGGGAACAUUUGUAACUAUGAGGAUGUGUUUGUGCAAGUUAAUUUCCUGGGGGUUGUUUAUUAGGAGAAAUCAUCAAAUACUAGGCAAGAUACUCUUUCCCCUCACAUGAUUCUGGGUCUUAUGUGGAUGGUCCACAUCAUAUGUGAAAAGAAGGGUAUAUAAUCCCAGAGCACCAAAUAAUUCAUACUUUCUUUGUGAAGCAUAAAUCCAGUUCUAUUCACGUAUCUGUUUUCAGGCCAACAAAAUAUGUCAAAAGGUGUUGGUCGCUAACAUACAUUUACUCUUUAUACAUGUAAUGUCAAAAUUUGGUUUAAGCACUUUUGCGUGAUGAAGACGACAGCUAAUAUAUAAAUCGACUUAGUAGAUGUUGGCCUCACAAUAAUUUUUGGUGGCAUUUUAAGUACAUGAGGAGGAGGUUCAAGUUUACUGAUACUUAUGAUAGCUUUGUUGCAGAAUACCAUAUGAUAUCUUUGUUUUCUCCACAAUUUUAAGAAUAAUAUUAGGGAAUAGUUAUGCCAAAAAGCAGAUAUUCUGUAAAUGUAGCUUGGAUUUCUUUGACAAUAUAAGUGGUAAUAUGACAAAACUGAAGUUCGAUUUUGCCAAGAUUUUCUAUGGCAGUCUAGAUUUGGUUUUGUGAUGAGAAAGUAAUUAAUCUUGAAGAUGCCAAUUUUGUAUACUGAAAAGUUCUUGUAUUUUAACCAUGUUAUUUGUAUUUUGGUGCUUGAAUACUGAAUUCUUUUGAAGCCUUUCUUGUGUGCAAAAUUAAGAGUGCAUAUUGAAGGAUUAACAUGCUAACCAUCAGAGUUGUAAUUGAUCUACCUAGCAGAAUUUCCGCGGGCAUAAAGUUUUCAUGAAUUUCUUUCUUGACACUUUGAUUACAUGCAAUUGCUGACAUUAUUGGUAAAAGACUUGAUGUUUUCCAAGUGUCUACCUUGUGCUAUUUAUCCGACGUCGUUUCUCUCUACCUCGAGUCACGUUUAUCCACCUCUCUUUGGGUGUAAAGUUGGACUUUCCUUCUUUUGAGCAUUUUAUGAUAAAGAUUUUUUCUUCCCCAUUUGCUCUCUAAAUUAUUUCCCAAAUCCAUUUCCAUGCCGUAGAAUCCUAAUUACUGGUCCUGAGUACGCAGUGACUUUGAAUCUGCUAGAACACAGAGUGCCGUGAGAUUCAGAGCCUUGCCUUUCUUCUGAAACACCCUCCUUCCUCAUUGUAUUGUUCGCAUAGCAUGAGCGAUCCAAAGAGUAGGCUACGAGGUGGCAUAUGGCGAGUCUAAAAGUGAUGGUUUUUGAAUUGUGAUUUGGAAUUGAAUGACUCUCCGAAUGGCAAAGACGAUGGCUCCAGCUCAAAGAAGACGCAAGUGUUUAAAAUCAUAUCCAGAAGAUGCAGUGUAUUCUGAAAAUGACUUUAUAAGCAGGUUACAUGAUGAAAUUCUUGUUCUAAUUCUGGAUAAACUUCCUAUGAAGGAUGCCCUGAGAACUUCUAUGCUUUCAAGAAGGUGGAGGUUUGUGUGGAGGUCCAUGCACAAGGUGGACUUUACAUAUCGUUGGGUGGAAGAAACUGGAAAUGAAGUCCUCCCUUCUGUGAGCCAGUUUCUCCGUAGAUGUAAGGUUAAGGAGAUGAACUGCUUUCGUUUAUCUUUUAGGUACAACAGCAGUAUGCUUCACCGUAUCAACUCAUGGAUCUCUCUUGCCCUUAAAAACGGUGUUAAAGAACUAGAUCUCAACUUCAAUGAUCUGGAGGAUACAAGGAAAAAGGCCAUGUGGCGUCAUCCUUACUACCACUUCCCUGAUUGCUUAUAUAGCAGCUCAUCAGUAGUGAAACUGGGACUGGCUUUUCUAAAGCUCGAUUUGCCUACUCGAUUGCGCCUUAAGAACUUAAGAGAACUUUCUUUAGAUAGGGUAGUAUUACCGGAUGAUGCAAUCGAGAAAAUCGCCACAGACUGUGAAAAGCUGGAGCUGUUGUCCCUGACUAAUUGCAACAUGCGUGGCGAUCUCAAAAUUACCAUUCAACCAAGAGCAGUUCCAAUAAAGGUUUCAAUUUUGGAUGGGUUCAUGAUGGUGGAACCAAAGACCGAUCUCAUUAUUGAUUGUCCAACACUGGGAGGAUUAGAAUUUCGGGGUGGCAUGACCAGGACUAAUUUCCUGAUAAAAAAUGUUCCAGCUGGAGUUGAAGCACGCUUUAACUUUGAUGAGAUGCUUUAUCGUCAACGGGUAGUGCUGGUCACUGGAGCUGGUCUCUAUGGCGCACAGUACAACAAAAACUUGCAGAACCUUCUUAAUAUAUUUCAGUCUGCUAAACACUUUCAUUUCUGCAGUUGGUGUAUCCAGAUAUUAUCGGUGAAAAAGAUGAUGAAACAAGAAGUGGUGAUGCUUGGUUCAACCAGUCUUGUGCUGGAUACAGGGCUGCUGAAGUGGGAGCUUCCUGGAAUCGCCUGCUUGUUGACAGCCUGUCCUAAUCUUGAAAACCUUGCUGUGGUUAUGGUUCGCCAAUCUAUGUUUAAGAUCAGAGAAACUUUUACAAGGAAGUAUGAUUUUGAUGAGGGGCGAUACUGGGAAAUCAUAGGCCAAGAAACUCUUCCCUGCUGGCAGAGUCUGCAUGUUCUUAAGUUCAAGAACGAGUACGGUGAAUACCAAACUUGGGACGAGGGGAUGUUCUGUGUGAGGAGCUUCUUCACAGGUUAUGAAAAUGGCAUGAAUUUGUUGAAAUUUGUGCAUAGCAAGGCAGCAAAUCUGGAGAGGGUGAUCUUCAGAACCAACACAAAAAGCAUUACCUAUUUGCCGUCUGACUUGGCCAUUUACCUGUGACAUGGUUUUGUUUCGAAGAAGAGCGUACUUGGUUUGUCAUGCCAUUUGAAAGGGCAUGGUUUUAAUGUUCUCGUUCGGUUUUUGGAUUUGAAAGACUGAGUUACUUUUGUGAGCUAAACUUUGUCAUUUAUGGAAUCUCUGGAAGCAACAGGAUACCCAAGACCUUUAUUGAAUACUGUCUUGCAGUGUGUGUGACGAACCAAUAAUAAUCGUAAACAUGAACUUUGAGUGAGCC